AUGGAUCCUCAUAAUACUUGGUCAUACUUAGCAAGUUCGCCAACUAACGGUUCUCUUGCUCUUAGUGCAGUGUCAUCACCCGGCACGAUAGCAGAUGAGCGUUCGCCUGAAAACCAGGCUGCCGGGCUUCAAUACCCGCAUAUUCCACAAGUUUUACGCGUGGGAGUUAUUGAAUUGGCUAGGGGAAGUUUAUCUUUUGUCUGCCAGGAGGUUAUACUAACCAUCAUUGUUAUCCAGGCGCAUAACCAACAGGUGAGAGAAACGGCCUUGCUAUCAAUGCAAGUACAAGAGCAAAACCAGCUCCUAUGGUCCAUCUACAAUAUGGUGCGAAAUCAGACUCAGGCAUCCACAACUUCAGAUACGCACCAAAAUACAUCUUCAGAAGUACAGCAACAGUCAAGUCCAAAUAGCGACGGAUCAUUCCAUACUCCCAGGUCACAGCCUGAGCCGGACCAUGUUAGCCCAAGCGGGGAACAGGAAUGCAGUCCGUCCGUGACUGAAAGGCGGCAAGAUCAAGACGGACGUACUGAGUCAAUGAGGUCCCGUCCCAGGCCCGGAGCGCAGCAAAGGUCAACGACUGACUGGUGGAGGCUGCCCCAGCUUACGCGCUGCAGGUAUACAAUUUGUGCAAUACGGCGUGAACUAUUGGUUCCCGGUUUUACCCCUCCUGUGAAUAUAAUUCCUCUGACAACUCGCCUUUUCUUUGCUAUUGCAAGCCCAUACGCUAUGGAACAAGUUCGAGAAUUAAUAGCAGCUGUGUGGCGACAAGACAACUAUCCUCCUUUCCGGUGUCCUGCGACAACAGAGGGGGCGUUCAGGUCCCUUGAUAAAUUUGAAGAGUCAAGAUGAGUGGCUCAGAUUCAAUCUUGAUAUACCCUGGUCAGCAUAGUCCAUAGGUACACCUCAAAAAGGAAUGCAAUGGUUGGCACAGGUAACCGAAGAACUUUCACUGACAAAAAGAGUAUCUCGGACAUCAUAGCCGAAGAAUACCCUUCUCUUGUUCAAGACACUCCUAUCUUUGAAAAGUACAUCAGACGGCUUAAAGCGACUUUAUA